AUGAUCAUAUUCGCGAGACCCCAGAGUAGUAGCCUAUGUCUGCCGCAGGGAGCACCUUGCCCAUCAUCAUUCACGUCCGGCAAAAUGCAUCCAAUGAUUCAAGCCUCUACACAUUCGACGACUAGCUUUCAUUCAACCAUCGGCAUCCCUCCAGAAAAACCCCCUCGUCAAAUUAUCGCUGCCGAGAUCAUGAAGUAUCUCGCUACAAUCAUAGAUCUUGCCUUGGCAUUAGCGCCAGGGACAAUGGCACAAAGCACUGCGUGCUGCUUAUCGACUCCAUGGGACGGCUCGAGUAAGGCGUAUUGCAGCGAAAAAGGCACACAUGUAGCUUGCAACUGCGAUAAUCGAGGCACUUUCAGAACAGCAUGGCCCUCCGGACAUGGGGGAUUCCCGGACCCGAGGUAUCCCUGUACAGGCGGUGGACAGGCUCGCUGCGUAGGGACGCUGGAAUGA